ACAAGCUGCCUCUGGAUACAGUCACAUAGUUACUCCUCGAGGUCUCCUGUUUACUUCAGCCUUCUGCAAGAUGAGAUUCUUCUUGGUCGCCGUGGCCAUUCUUCUCAUGGUCGUCUUGGUCAACGCUGAUUACGGCCAUGGCCACGGACAUGGCACGGACAUGGACACGGACAUGGACACGGACAUGGACAUGGACACGGCCAUGGGUAUGGCCACGGGCAUGGCCACGGCCACGGGCAUGGCCACGGAGGAUAUGGUAAGGGCCACGUUGUCCAUAAGAAGCACCACGGCGGAGGAAAAUCCAGCCAGCAUUUCCAUCUCUCAGGGCCACAUGGCCAUGGUGGCUAUGGACACGGACAUGGUCACGGACAUGGUCACGGACAUGGCCAUGGUUACCACUAAUAAUGAUGAUCGUGGUUGUAAAAGCAAGCAAAGGGUUGCUUCAUUGUCAUUUUUUUGUUUGAUGUCAAACGCAUUUCUUUGAAAUAAAUUAUCUAAAUGUG